AUGAAAAAAAACCGUAAGGUUAUUACGAUCGAAACAAAAAAAAAGAUCGUACAAAAUUAUGAGAAUGGAUCCAAAAUUGCGGAUCUUGCCCGAACCUAUGAUCUAAACCCUUCAACAAUAUCAACUAUUCUAAAAAGGAAAGAAGAUAUUUCGAAAUGCGAUACACCGGGCGUGUGUUCACGAAUCAAUUUGCGAAGUUCAAAUCUGGAUCUAACCGAAAAUCUUUUACAGUUAUGGAUUAAACAAAAACGAAUGAACGGUGAUUCUUUAUCACAAUCAUUGAUAUGCGCGAAGGCCAGACGCAUUUUUGAUGAUGUCAAAGCCAAAAAUGAUUCCAGCAAUAUUGACGAAGUAUUCAAAGCCAGCAAUGGUUGGUUUUCCAAUUUCAAGAAACGCUCCGGUAUUCAUUCAAUUUUAUGUCAUGGGGAAGCUGCGAGUGCCGAUAAAGACUCAGCUGACAAAUUUAUUGAAGAUUUUGAACAAUUGAUACGUGAAGAAAAAGUUGGGCCGAAUCAGAUAUUUAACUGUGAUGAAACCGGGUUAUUCUGGCGUCAAUUAACAAAACGAACAUUUGUAACCAGAGAAGAGACCAUUGUUCAUGGUCACAAACAAUUAAAAGAUAGGUUAACUUUGUUAUUAUGCUCAAAUGCGAGCGGCGAUUUCAAGGUAAAACCCAUGUUGAUGUAUCAUUCCAAAAAACCUAGAGCCCUGAAAAAGAUGAAAAUUCAAAAAAGUGAUUUGGAUAUUUAUUGGCGUAGCAACAAAAAGUCUUGGGUGACGCGAGUUGAUUUUAUAUCGUGGAUUGUUAACAUUUUCGGUCCAUCCGUCGAGGAAUAUUUAACAAUGAAAAAUUUGCCGAAAAAAGUGCUUCUGUUAGUUGAUAAUGCUCCCGGGCAUCCGAAAAAUAUUCAAGAAGAAUUGAAUAAUGAAUUCAAUUUCAUUAAAUUCGUUUUUUUGCCUCCCAAUACUACAUCUUUGAUUCAGCCUAUGGACCAGAUGGUAAUUUCAAAUUUUAAGAAAACUUAUCUGAAACUCUUAUUCGAAAAGUGUUUUGAGACAUGCGAUACGAUGUCAGUAAGUUUAAAAACUUUUUGGUCUGACCAUUUUAAUAUCGUUAUCGCGAUAAAGCUGAUAAUCAAAUCGUGGGAUGAAAUAACCAGUAAUUGCCUCAAGGCUGCUUGGGGGCCAUUAUGUCCAUAUUUUAACAAUGAUUCAGUUAUAGAAACAAACAAAGUAAUGGAUGAUAUCAUGAGUAAUGCCAAGAAAUUAAAUUUGGAGAUUAAUCAAGAUGAUGUUCAAGAAUUUAUUGAUGAUGAGAAUGAAUUCUCAACAGAUGAAUUGCAAGAAAUGUUCACCGAAGAAACAAAUGAAAUUACACAAUCGGAUUCAGAAAAUGAUGAGGGGGAAGAAGAUUUAUCAACGAAUGAAAUCAAACACAUUUUAUCAAAUUGGCGUUACAUAAAAGAUUGUUUGAAGAAAUGGAAAGCCAAUGACUAUGAUUUCAUCUUGUUUAUGGAACAAUUUGAAGAUAAGUCUAUUGUCCAACUAAACAAUUUAUUACGAAAACGUCAGCAUCAAUCAACAAUUGACAUGUUUUUCAAAAAACAGAAAAUUGAAUAAAAUAAUAUAAUUUUUUUUU